CCGCCGCCCACCUAGCCUUUCACGGACGCGACAGGAUCUCCCAGGCUCGCGGGGGGCCGGCGCCCCGGCCUGGCCCCGGCUGCGCCUCCUGGCCAUUCACCCUCUCCCUCCGGCCCGGGUUCUUUGAGGUCUGAGGCGGAGGGGCGGUCUGUGCCUCACCUGCACAACGGCCUGACUGCCGGGCUGACGCUGGCUGCCCGAGACCGCGGAGCGCGGGUGCUCGGCCCGGCCGCCGCGACAGUCACCUGGGAAGCCUAAUAAACGUGUGAGGCCGCGUGUCGCCGGGCAUUUGUGGUCGGCACCCAGGACCCAGAACCGCGGGUCCGGGGUGUCCAGUGACAAUAUUGUGGUCACGACCGGAAUGUGCCCUUCGUGGAGGAGUCGAAGAUGUCUAUGGAUGUGACAUUUCUUGGGACUGGUGCAGCAUACCCAUCCCCGACCCGGGGUGCUUCUGCCCUGGUCCUUCGGUGUGAGGGUGAGUGCUGGCUCUUUGACUGUGGGGAAGGAACACAGACACAGCUUAUGAAAAGCCAACUGAAAGCAGGGAGAAUUACCAAGAUCUUCAUCACACAUCUUCAUGGAGACCAUUUCUUUGGCCUUCCUGGCCUCCUAUGCACAAUCAGCCUGCAGAGUGGCUCUGUUGUCAGCAAACAGCCUAUUGAAAUCUAUGGCCCUGUAGGGCUUCGGGACUUUAUCUGGCGAACAAUGGAGCUCUCUCAUACAGAGUUGGUCUUUCCUUAUGUGGUCCAUGAGCUGGUGCCUACAGAAGAUCAGUGUCCCACAGAAGAGCUAAGAGAAUUUUCACAUGUGGAUAAAGCAGACAGCUCUCAUACAGAGGGACAAGGAAGAACUAUCUUGUUAGACUCAGAAGAAAACUCAUAUCUUCUGGUUGAUGAUGAGCAGUUUAUUGUAAAAGCAUUCCGCCUCUUUCACCGAAUUCCCUCCUUUGGGUUUUCAGUUAUGGAAAAGAAACGUCCAGGUAAACUAAAUGCACAGAAGCUAAAAGACCUUGGUGUUCCGCCAGGUCCUGCCUAUGGGAAGCUGAAAAAUGGAAUUUCUGUGGUCCUGGAAAAUGGGAUUACAAUUUCUCCCCAGGAUGUCUUAAAAAAGCCUAUUGUUGGAAGAAAAAUCUGCAUAUUGGGUGAUUGCUCUGGAGUUGUGGGUGAUGGAGGAGUGAAGCUGUGCUUUGACGCUGACCUGUUGAUCCAUGAGGCAACCUUGGACGAUGCCCAGAUGGACAAAGCAAAGGAGCACGGCCACAGCACACCACAGAUGGCAGCAACAUUUGCAAAGUUGUGCCAUGCAAAGAGGCUGGUUUUGACUCACUUCAGUCAGAGGUACAAACCCGUUGCUUUGGCCAGGGAAGGAGAAGCAGAUGGCAUUGCAGAACUGAAAAAGCAAGCAGAAUCAGUAUUAGAUCUGCAAGAAGUGACUCUAGCAGAAGAUUUUAUGGUGAUUGGUAUUCCAAUCAAGAAAUGAAACCAGUGUUCCUGAAUACAUAUUGGUGUGUUGGUGACUAUGUUGCUAAACCUACAGUCCACAUUUUUGUUUUCUGUUUUUUUGUUUGAAAUUAUUGUGGCCCUAAUAAUCCUAAAAGGGAUGGAGCUGCAUUGCUGAACUGACUCAGUAAGCAACAAACUUUUUGAUAAUAAAUCAUUUCUAAAGAUUAAAAAAACACCCAGCAUUCUUCUUGAAGUACACACCUUACAAAAUAAUAGGUUCUUCAAAUAUACUCCUCAUUUUGUGGCUAGUGUCCAGACACAAGCCAGUACUCCAUGCAGUCUUGGGCCUAGUUCUGCCCAUUUUUGUUGCUGUUAUUGGUAAUGCAUAUAGGACUUGGCCUCUUGGCUAAAAAUGGUAUUUUGGCAUUUUGUGUUGAAUCUAUUUAUGUUACUAACAGAAGACAGAAAACAAUAGCAUGACAGUGACUUUGUUAGCAUACUGAAUUUAGGAUUGGACUGAGAGUCUUAGUAUUUAUUAAACUUUCUAUGGUUCUUAGUUGGGUAGUCCUCUAGGAAUUUAGAAGUUAUAGAGAUGUAUUCUUGUCAUCAGGACUGAAGAGUGGUGGUGGUGGUACUGGCAUUUAAGUCAACAGGGGUCAGGGAUGCCAGAUGUCCUACAAAGUUUGAGAUAGUCCUAUAAUCCCAACUACUCAGGAAGGCUGGGGUAGUGGAUUGAAGUCAGCCUGAUUAAUGAAGUGAGUCCCUGUCUCAGUGUAAAAUAAAAAGACAAUAGGGAUGCAUGUCAGUGAUAGAACUCUUGCCUAGCAUUCAUGAUACCCUGGGUUCAAUCCCUAGUAUCACUAAAAAGAAAAAA